AAUAACGCGUGUCUCCAGCCAUCGUUAGUCCUCUUCAGUGAGCUUCUCAUUGUGGAACCGCUCGAGGAACGCCUGAUACCUGCGGCCGCUCUCCGUCUGCUUGAAUCGCAUCCCAUCCUCGAGAAGCACGACGGUAUCGAAGAGGGUCUUGUACAGCCGUACACCUGCAAGACAUCACCAUGUCUCAUCUGUCCCUGCUCUGUUCAAUGCAGUGCUUUGUACCCUCGGAAGGCUUCGUCGUCUUUGCAUACAGCGCUGUCCCCCCGAUGGGCCCAAACUGUUUGACGUCUCCAGACAAGAGAAUGCUCAUGUUCCCGAACGGAGGCUGGUGCUCGGCAUGCUGCUCUUCGGUAGCCCGCAGCUCACGCAGGCGAGCGUUCAUCUUUUCGAACAAGCUGGCGUACAGCAUCGAGUACUCGUCCACUAAUAGAUACCACGUUUGCUGCCACAGGACCUCAAAUGACAGCUCUUUCCGCAUGUCAUCAGUAGAGGCACUCCCUCGACCGCGGCGGCGGUGCUCCUGCCUGUUUCUGGGCUUGUACACCUCUAUUUGGAGGGCCGAGUAUAGGGUCGAGCCUGAGAUAGUGGAGGCAGCCACACCUGAGACAGGCAAUCCGCACAAAGCGCAGCGCAGAUACGCAGCCCCAGGUGGGACAAAUCAAACCAACAGCAAAUGGAAAUCAGUUCAUCGUACCGGUCAUCGCAGUCUUUCGAAACCAGAACGGCCGACCGAUACCAGCGAAAUACAGGGCCAGCGCCUGCAUUACCCACGAUUUGCCGCAUCCGGGGCCGCCCGCAACAACCACGUUGAGUGGCGACACAGCAGCAAAGUCCUCGCAGUCCAAGGCGGCAAAGUUGUCAUUCACGUGCUUGGCGACGAUACGGACGACCCGCUUCUGUUCGGGAUUGAGCGUGAACUUCUCGAUAGCCAACUUCGCUACUCUCAGGCGGUCGCCAGCUAUCAUGGCCUCAAACUGCAUCGAUUGAAGCCACCGUGUAUAGUUUAGGGCGCCCGCUGCACUGCUGUCGCCCGCCUCACACAUCGCCAGCAGCUCGGCGUUUGACAUUCCUUGGAUGCUCCGUCGUUGAGGUAUGCCACCGGUAUCGCGCGCUGCGUGUACUGCGGCUGGCGUGCUAUCAUCGACAUCCAUCUCUUCCGUGCCCUCUCUCGGCCCCGCCGCGGCGACGUCCGACUGACCGCUCCUUCGUCGCUGCAGCAUUGCAAAGAAGGGUCUUCUGCAUAGCCUUCACUGCUGCUGGGUCCUGGUUUCUCGCAACAAUAUCAGUCACUCCGGCAUCCUGCAAAGAGACAUAUGCAUGUAUAUCUCAGGCCUUUCUUUACAUUAGUUCUGACUUGAGAUGGCAUAUUGAGCGUGGCAGAUGUGGACGGCCCAUCGAUGUGGACGUUCAGCUGUGGCGUAGUCAGGCCGAAACGCUUGCAGACGGCGUCCAUGCCCUCUCUCAUGUAUUUCUGGCGGUCGGCGAGGAAGCGCUCAGGGACCGACAGACUGUAGUUAACACCCGCUAUGAGAUCCAGCUUCUCAAACAGCUCCGCACCCGACGACCUUGCAGGGCUCGUCAGCUUGUCCACCAUCACCUGCGCCUCCUUCAGCAGCGCCUGGCGAGCGUCAUCCUCCUCGCAAAGUGCCUCGUCCAUCUGGUCCAGCAAGUCUCGCGCGUCGAACGUGGCACUCUGUUCCUCCUGCUCAUUUCGAAACGCCUUGUCGAUCUUCGCGUCGGCCUGCGUGCGAUGAGCACCCUCAAUGUUGUCGAUCAGUUCGACUGUCCAUCGCGCCACGGGGUCGUCGAUGGAUGUGUCUGCCACUCGCUGUCGAUGCCACGUUUUGAACUCGUCCAGCGCGUCCUGCCACGUUCGACACAAGCCUUUCAGCUGCUUCACUAAAUUGAAGCCGGUCCGAUUGGGUCUCUUGGUGCACGCCGCAUCCACCGAAACAAUGGAUCGCGGUGAGUGCCCUUCAGAGGGACACUUCGAGUCAGGUGAGACAUCACCGUGGACCGGCAGCUGCGACUCCGCCUCAACAUAUGCAGCACUACAGCUGGCGUCCACGGCCUGCAGCAGCUGAUCCAGGUCCGGGUCGAGCUGACAGCGCCGCUCCUGAGAGCUGCUGCCUACAAAGGGCUUGAGCAGAAGCAGCAGCUUCUUAGCGCGGUCCUCGAUGGCCCCCGGCUGCUUUGAGUAGCGGCUUAGAAUGGCCAUACUCAAAAGGGGCACAGCCGAUUUGUCCACAUCCCUCUGAAUACACACAUACAAAUACGGAGACACGGGUUUUUGGGGCAAACCUUAGUGAUUCAUCCACCCACCCAUACCUGUGGCAGCUGGCACUUAGUGUGCAGUGGGUGUUGCGCUGUAUAGUAGAAGGCCCUGUCUUUUUCAGCCAGCAGCUCAGCGGCAUCGGCACGUGAGUGUAGGCCGGCAAGCGGCGCAUCUCGCUCGCCUCCGUGCUCUUGUAUACGCGUUCGAACAGCUCGUGAAACAGGUAGACGGGGACCCGUGCCAUUAGCAGCUUCACUGGGUCGCCUUUUUUGGUACACAUGAUGUCAGGAGGAACUCUUAUCUCCACUCCCUCGGUCACUGGAAACAGAUAGUCCUGUGCCUUACUAGACAGGACCAUCGACGCUUGUCCAUCGGCUCGGUGGACACGCAUGAGCACUGUGUCGUCGUUCUCCUCGUCGUCGCUCACGUCGUCCUCUGUGACACGCCCCUGCCGCUCCUCAGCCGCCAAGAGCUUGAGGAAAGGGAGGGAGUGAAGGGGGUAGGUGGGGUGAGACGUGUAGUAGUCUCCAUCGUCUCCAUAGCCCAGCAGGUGCCACAUGACCUGACACGCGGACAUCUGGACGCGGGCGUUGAGGGAGUUGGUUAUGUCGGUGAUGAAGAGGCGAUGCUGCUCGACGGCCUCUUCUGUAUUUGCAUAGCGCUCCAGGUACUUCUUGCAGCCCACUGCGACGAUCGACACCAAGUCGUGCAGCUUGAUAUCCAUCUUGGAGCUGUAGUUGGUGAGCUGCAGACAACACAU